UUUCAAGAAAUUAUUUGAGGAAACAAGAACAAACCUCACGAGUGACAUGGAAGCUAAAAGAGAAGAACUUACUCAACUACAAGAAUCCUUGCAGAAAUUAUUUGAGGAGACAAGAACAAACCUCACGAGUGACAUGGAAGCUAAAAGAGAAGAACUUAUUCAACUUCAAGGAAAACUUGAACGUCCUCCGAUCGCUUUCCAUACACAUCACGUGGCAAAUUUGUCUCCUUCAACAAAUGAGAUUAUUAUAUUUACAAAAAGUGUAAUUAACGAGGGAAAAGGUUACGACACUUCUACUGGAAUAUUUAGUGCCCCUGUUGGAGGACUGUACCAGUUUUCUGUGCAUAUAUGUCUUCAGGUUGGAAACUAUGCUUUUAUUGGCCUAUUAUUAGACGGUAAAGUUAUUGCAGCAGAUUCAAACUAUGAUGGGGAUUUUUACACCUGUAGUACUUUUGGGGCAAUAGUGAGAGUAAAAUCAGGAGAAAAAGUUUGGGUCAAACCAACAACGUCAGAUACUAGCCGCUCCUUAAGACAAGACUAUUAUAGGAUGAACACAUUCAGUGGAGUACUUGUCAAUUACUGAAUGAAUAAAUCAUUCAACUUUUGUUUAUGACAUUAUACAUGUAUAUCUGAAUUGUUAUAAAUAUUCAUACAAUAAUUAUCGUAUGACGAAUAAUUUGAUAACUAAUCUUAGAAAAGAGUGUAUUUUGCUGUGUUUAUCAGUAAACAUGUAUGACCAUAUUGUCGCGUUUCCAAAUAAAUAUGGCAUGUAUACAUUUGUACUUCUAAAAAAGUUAAGUUUUAUACAAUAUCUUCUGGUGAAUAUUAUUGCGUUCUUAUAUGAUGGAUA